AUGAAUGGUACAAGGAGAACUCAGAGUAGGCAUAUUAGAAUUGAUAUUUACAAUAAAGAUGAACAAACCACGUUACUGAACAGUGGAAUAAUUACAUUGGGUGGAAUGCAAUGUGAAAUAGAUGAAUAUCUUCCUGCACCAAAAAGACUAGUAUGUAUGAAAUGUCAUGUUCCGGGACAUGCAAGAAAAACAUGUCGCUUCGAUUAUGAAAGGUGUCGACGAUGUGGAAAAGAUCGAACAAAAGGCAGUCACAAGGAAUGCAAAAUUUUAUGUCACCACUGUGGUGAUAAUCACCAAGCAACGGAUUAUAAAUGGUCAGUCUUAAACAAAUUCCGUCGUGAUCUUAUUGAUGAAUUACGUAAAAAUCCAAAUAAAUUACCUCCGGAUAUGCAAAUGUUCAUCCCACUCGAUUGUCGAACUCAAAGAUCUGAAAAAAACCUAUCUAACCAAAACACAAACAAAUCAAAAAAAUCUGAUCCAGACUUUGCUUUCUUCAACUCAUCUUAUGACUGGCCAACUCUUGGGAAAACUUUAAACUCUAUUACUUAUGAUAGUCAAAUAAAAAAUGUACAAAAUGACCUUACAACUCUUAAACAUGAAUACAAACUUGAAAUUGAAAAAAAUAAUAAUAAAACACAACACCAUUCAUUGCGCACUCAAAAAGAAAUAAGUGCUUUUACCUCAUCAAUCGUAAAUGAUUUAACAUUAAAUAUGAAUAUUAACGUAAUAAAAAUGAUAAGUAAUUUUCUCAAUUAUUAA